AUGACGUCGGACGACUUCACUCACGUCCCUCCCCCGUGGAAGCUCAAAGGCGACAUCUACCUCUUCAGCUUCUGGACGCCCAGGAAACAGGCAGAACACCCGCCAACCGUCACAUACUCUCCUCUCGAGGCAAACUCAUCAUACAUCAAUCCGGAAGGAAGUCGACCGCUGGGCGGCAUCAGCAUGGUUCAGAUCAUACGGUACACCGAGAGCCCAGUGGGUCCCUAUGACGAGCUGAUCCUUAGUCCCGGCUUUCAUGAGUACACUGUCGAAGAGAAUGGAAAGCGAGUGAAGAAGAAGAACGCCAGAAUCACGAGGAUAUAUGUGUCGCAAAAGCAUACCUGCUGGAAUGGUCGCAAAAACUGGAACAUCCCAAAGCACCUGGCCGCCUUCGACUGGAAGUACGAUGUAGACGGCAGCACCCACGUCAAGGUUUUCCCGCACGACACCACCGGCGAUCUCAAAGAGGCGUCAGCCAGCACUACGCCACUCUUUCAAGCGACAUUCAAGCCCGUUCCUUACGUGCCCUCAUUCCCACUGUCCCUGAAUCUUCUUUCGUACGUCGGUCUGGACGCCACGCUUGUUCAACCUCCGCUGCCCGAGGGCAGUGGUAGCCAAGGUGAACUGCCCGGCACAGAUCGAUGGUGUAGCGUUGCGCCGGGGCAGUAUUCGAAGAAAGCAAGCCUUGGCUGGUUUGACAUUAGACAGGCCGAUGAGAAAGGCAACAUUGUGUGUGAGCAUGAGAAUUUCUGGCCUGGUCUUGGAAGGUGGCAGGUUGGCAUCAAGAUGGAGAACUCGGAUGUCACUUUCGCGGUGCCCAAAUAUUGGGACGCGCCGAAAUCUGUAUUGUGA